UAUUCUUCCACGGUUGUUGUGUUCUUCUUGUUGAGUUUUCUAUAGCAUAUUUUGGUCGUCUAAAGAGAGCUAUUUCUUAUACAGUUUCGAUCUUUUGAGUUUCAUAAGAAACUUAAUCUUUGCAAGACCUGGCAAUCUAAGCCAUCAUUAAGGUGUUGAAAAUUUAUAAUGGAAACACUGAGACACCGUAGACCCUCAAAGCGAAGAUACCGAAUACUCCCAUCAAGUUUCUCUGGUUCAUCUCAAGAACAGAGAAAUUUACUGUGGAAGAUCAUGAAAAAGGUAUCUUUGAAGUUCAAGAAAUUUGUCACAGUUGAAAAAUUAAAAGCCAUAGUAUUCCACAGCAAGAAAAGCAAUUCAGGAAAGUUCCAGGAGCCUCUUAUGGAUAGUUUUAAUCAUAAUGGACUUGAAGAAGACCAAAUACCAGUUAGUCAAGGAAUUCAGCAGGAACCCAGUUGCCAAAAACUUCACCAGAAUUCAGUGAGAAUGAAAAUAUACGUCAAAAUCCCAUCAAACCAGAAGAGCUGUGUAUUUGAAGCAAAAGAGUACAAUAUCAUCAAUGACAUCAAAUCCAUGAUUCAUUUGAAGGAGGGAAUCCAAUCAAAUCAGUACACUUUGGUUUACAGUGGCAAACUACUUCAGGAUUAUAGGACAUUGGCCUCGCUUAACAUUCGAACAGAGUCAACCCUUCAUAUGAUUUUUAAUCCAAGAGAUGUGAUGUCAGUUUUUGUGAAAACACCAAGUGGAAAGAUUGUGGAAUUUGAAGUUAAGGUCUUGUACACUGUCCGUGAUGUCAAGCAGAUUGUUGAGAGCUUUAUAGGAUGUUCUGUUGUUGAUUGUAGCAUGGUUUAUGAAGGAAAUGAGCUGCAAGAUUUCAAGACCUUGGCUUUCUACAACAUUGAAGAAAAUUCCACUCUAGAGGUGAAGCCUUCUUGGAUUCAGAUAUUUGUCAAGACAUGGAGUGGAAAAACCAUUACACUUGAUGUGACACGAUCAAAUACUGUAAGAGAGGUGAAGGAGAAGAUAUUUUGUAAGGUUAGAGUGCCAACAAUUCGUCAGAGUAUCGUAUUUUCUGGAAAACGCCUUGAAGAUAAAUGCUCUCUUGCAAGUUACAACAUUCAGAAACAGUCGACUCUCCACAUGGUUAUGGCUUGGUGAAACAAAUUCCACUACAAAUUAUGAUGAAUUCCUGCUCUUUUGAGUUUGAUAAAGAUGUAGCACUGGUUGUAAAUUUCUGUAUAGAACAAAGUCUCUGUGCAAAACACAAUAGAUUUACUUUUGCAAUUGAGUUCCUCUAUUUUAAGA